GUUGUAACUAAUCCCAUUGAUUUUCUGACAGAAAUAUUUGAGUUUGUUUGGUUGAUGUUCUUCUUAGGGUGAGGCAGUUGCAUGCAGCAGUAAGGGUGACAAUCUCGGUUCCUUGUUCGUCUUACAAAGUUCAAAGUCCCUCACUUUGGAUAAACCCUAGGCUUUAUUGUUGGUGUACGAGAUCACUGGGAACAACUUCGGAUGCAGUUUCUCAGUUCGCUGGCUUCCCAUGUCGGAAACCUUUGUCUCAGAUGGAAGCAAUUCCCUUAUUCGCAUCAUUUCUCCUCUUCUCCGAAUUCACACUCGAGAGGUCAGCUCAUCGAUUUUCUCAAGAAGCAAGGGUUCCCGAAAUCUCAAGCAGUUUCCAUGGUGGGUCGUUUCCCUCACGUUGGAUCCCUCGACCGUCCUCGAACCGUGGUUCAACUUUUCAGAAACCUAGGUUUCUCUGAUUCUCAGAUCCGGAGCUCGAUCCGGGUCCUACCCCAGAUCAUCUUCUGCGACGCCACGAAGAACCUUGAGCCCAAAAUUCGAUUUCUCGAAGAACUCGGAUUCUCUGGUUCUGCUUUGCCUAAGUUCCUCUCUAAAAAUUCCUCGGUUAUGAGCCUCAGCCUGAAGAAAAGAUUGAUCCCUUCCACUGAAAUUAUAAAGACCAUUCUCUCGCCUAACGACGAGAACAACAAGGAACUGGUUAAGGUUCUUAGCAGAUGCAGUUGGCUGCUGAACAGAGACCCUAAUGCGUAUCUCUUACCCAACAUUGCUUAUCUCAAGUCCUGUGGAAUUGUCGGCUCACAGCUUGCUUUCCUACUGAAGAAACAGCCAAGGCUCCUCAUUUCGGAGGAGAACAAGCUUAGGGUUUAUGUUUCUCGUGCUCUGGAUCUGGGUUUCAGUGUUAACUCAGGAAUGCUGGCUCACGCGGUGCACGCGCUCAGUUGUCUGAGCGAGAAGACAUUCGACAGGAAAAUGAAGACGUUUUUGGAUCAUGGGUUCUCAGAGGAUCAGACAAGAGAGAUGAUCAGAAGGGCUCCUGGUCUGGUUCGAUGCUCAACGGACAAGUUGAAGUUGGGAAUGGAGUUCUACAUGGAGACAAUGGGGAUAAAGAGAGAAACUUUGGUGAAGCGGCCAUGUAUGUUGAUGCACAGUAUGGAGGAGAGAGUGAUACCUAGGGUUAAGGUUUUGCAGGUUUUG